AAUAGAUACACAUGUGUUGUAUGUAGAGUUGAUCGAGGCCCUUCAGCGGAGAAAACUAAGAUAAGCCAACAAAACAAACAAAACCCCCCAUUUUCAGAUAUACGCACUCCAGUGUAUCUGUGCGUGUAAAAAAUCCCCCAUUUUUAACCCAAACCCUAAAUCCAAUCACUGUUCACCGACGCAUCAUCUUUGAAUUCUCUCGCCGAAAGGUUGCAAGAUGGCAGCCACAUCAGCAGCCACUUUUUCAGUUGCAUCAGCUUCAUCUCCUUGCUCGAGGGUUAGCCACCUUACGCAUUCAAAGUCCUUUAGCAUCAAAUUCAACCCGAAAAGCCACCUCAGAAAUUUCAACGGCCUCAAAUCUGCCGACUCCGUAAUCUGCGAAUCACAAUCGUCAUUCUUUGGCAAUGAAAGCUGCACAGCUCUCAAAGGCACCUUCAGUUCAAAAGCUCAAAAGCAAACUCAAAGAUCUUACACUCACCUUCAGACAAACGCUUCCUACAAAGUAGCCAUUCUUGGAGCCGCUGGCGGCAUAGGCCAGCCGCUAGCCCUUCUUGUCAAAAUGUCGCCGCUAGUCUCCGAACUGAAUCUUUACGAUAUAGCAAAUGUAAAGGGUGUUGCCGCCGAUCUCAGCCACUGCAACACCCCCUCCAAGGUUUCCGAUUUCACCGGAGCUUCCGAAUUGGCCAACUGUUUAAAGGAAGUGGAUGUUGUUGUCAUACCCGCUGGUGUACCGAGAAAACCUGGUAUGACGCGUGACGAUUUAUUCAACAUUAAUGCGAAUAUUGUCCGCACGCUAAUCGAGUGUGUAGCGGAUAAUUGCCCGGAUGCUUUUAUUCAUAUUAUAAGCAACCCCGUAAACUCGACUGUGCCAAUUGCCGCCGAGGUUUUGAAGCAGAAAGGUGUGUACGAUCCUAAGAAGCUUUUCGGAGUGACUACUCUCGAUGUUGUGAGAGCGAAUACUUUUCUUGCACAGAGAAAGAAUCUGAAGCUAAUCGAUGUGGAUGUUCCGGUUGUUGGUGGGCAUGCGGGAAUUACGAUUUUGCCCCUGCUCUCGAGGGCGAAGCCUUCGGUUAGUUUGACCGAUGAGGAGGUGGAGGAGUUGACUUUGAGGAUACAGAAUGCUGGGACUGAAGUUGUGGAGGCGAAAGCUGGGGCGGGGUCCGCCACUCUUUCGAUGGCUUAUGCUGCUGCGAGAUUUGUUGAGUCUUCGCUUAGGGCGCUUGAUGGUGAUAGUGAUGUGUACGAGUGCGCGUAUGUAGAGUCUGAUUUGACGGAUUUACCCUUUUUUGCUUCGAGGAUUAAGCUUGGGAGGGAUGGGGUCGAAUCGGUCAUUUCGUCGGAGCUUCAGGGGUUGACUGAGUACGAAGAGAAGGCUUUGGAAGCCUUGAAACCGGAGCUGAAGGCGAGUAUUGAGAAAGGUGUCGCUUUUGCCCAGAAGCAAACUGUGGCUGCGUAGAGAGGUCUUUUUGCUAAAGCUUUACUUCGAGGAAAUAAAAAGUAGCAUGGGGAACUGAUAUUUCAUUUUUGUUUAGGCGAAUUUCUGAAACUGCGUUUCCUCGUUUUUUCGUGUUCAAUUGUUUAACGAGGGUGUAGUACUGUUGUAGAAGUCGCUGUUACGAGUACUUUUCAGGUUUUUUAUAAUAACCAUUAAAAACAGAGCAGGUAUUCUUGACAGAAGAAGAUCAUAUUUACUCUCUAUAUCGAGCUAUGCUUAUUUUUCGAGUUUGUUU